UAGUACCUAAAGGUUGUAGGGCAGAAGGAAUCCCCCGAAAGCAGGUUGACCCUCCUCCAUCACUGGCAGAUGGACAAUACCAGAAUGAGCUCCUUUCUGGACUAUGCAAUUUGUAACCGUGGGACGAGCGCCUACUCACCCAGAGGAUACCAUCACUUUGAGCAAGGGACGCCACCCUUCCCUGCCUGCCCGGGUACCAAUGACAUUUAUAAUGGGGAUGGAAGGUUUGUGGUAGGAGGGGGGAAUGGUGUCCCAAGCCAUCUCCACCAGCAGAACCCCAGUUACCCUCCCCAGCCCAGCGCUGGGGUCCCCUAUACCAACUCUCUAACAAGUUACACCCCACAGACUUGCAACCAGGCUUAUGGGCACCAGGCUUAUGCCAGCCCAGACGCAGAUGGCAUCUAUUUCCAGCAGACAGCCUACUGCUCCAACACUGGGGCCAACUCCAACUCUUAUUCUGAUGGCUAUUGUGGAGCAGUACCGGGGCCUGCCCAGUACCAACAGCACCCUUAUGGGCAGGAGCACCAGGGACUGCUACAAGCCUACCACAACCCUCCUUCUAUGCUACACGAAGAGAAGGAGCCCUCCUGCCCUUCAGAGCAAGCCCUACCCAACCACACGUUUGACUGGAUGAAAGUAAAGCGAAAUCCACCCAAGACAACAGCCAAACCGGUGGACUUUGGGCUCAGUACCCAACAGAACACCAUCAGAACCAAUUUCACGACCAAGCAGCUGACUGAGCUGGAGAAGGAGUUCCAUUUUAACAAGUACUUGACUAGGGCCAGGAGAGUGGAGAUCGCCGCCACCCUGGAACUGAACGAAACCCAAGUAAAAAUAUGGUUCCAGAACCGGAGAAUGAAACAGAAGAAACGAGAAAGAGAAGGACUGGCCCCAAGCGCCAUUAAGGGCUCCAUGAAAGAGAAUGGGGAGAUGUCAGACCUGUCCAGUUCAACCUCCCCAGAUGCCUCUCCCAACUCAGUGUAGCACAAGCAAUGGACAGUAAGCAGAGCGCACAUAGAUGUUGUAUAUAUUUUAUUUUGUUCUACAAAUACCUUCCUAUUUAUAUACAAGAUUAGUUUACAGGAUCGUCAUUGUAUCCAUGGAACACAAGGAAAGUGCCCGUUCCUCUCAGGGAACCUCAGAUUUCAGGGGACACGCACUUGGAGAACUAUCCAUAAGCUCCUGUCUGAUCCAAAUGUGGCCUAUUUAUCCUUAUUCCCAUUGUGGGGGGGUGGGGGAUGGGGGGGGUAUAGUUCCUUCUGUUUGUUCUCUGGAAUAGAAGCUUAGCCAUUGGCAUAUUUUUAUUUGAUUGUAAUUAUAUCAUUAAUGUUAUAAGGGCUGAUAAUGUUUGAUUCCAGUUAUGGAACAAGAUAGAAUAAGAGGAAAAUGUUAUUUUAAAAAUAUUUUUUAAAAUAUCCCAUUUUUGCACCUACACUAUACUGGAGUGGUUGGCUAUACUUUGUGCGCUAUACAGGGUGACUUUAGGGGACUGCAAUUGUUCUGACACACUAUGGUCACAGCAGUCCUAUAAAAGGAAAAAAGCAGCUAUAAAACACUGCAAAUGCAUCUCUUGCUGUUCAAGAGACUGUGGUUGUAAGGCAGGAAGUAUAUUAGGGUGAAAUGGUGCCUAUAGUAGCAGUGGGGGGAUAAUAGCCUCUGGGAAGGGACUGGGGCUGUGGGAUAGCAGGUAUAGAGAGACACAGUGCUGGUUUGGGUGCAGGUACAUGGAGUGAUUUUGACAGAAACAGGUGUGUAUGCAUUUUUUGUCUGCACCCAAUCUAACACAGUGCCUCUUGGUGCAGACAAAGGAGCACAGGACAGCAGAUCUGCUAAUUCUUGGCCUGUGAAUAAAUGCAGUCUGAGUAGCCUUGUAGUAGCCACUGGAACCUUAAUUUUGAAUAGCAGGUUAUUACUUAUAGCAACCAAUCAGAUCUCUUUGCUUUCAUUUUCAAACAUGUAGUGGUCUGGUAAAACAAGAGUUGCAACACUGGUGUAAAUGAGCACCUAUGUUAGAAAAUGAGUGUUACCUGUUCUGUACCCUUUAAUUUUUAUUUACAACUGACACCAUGCUUUGUCAUAGGUUCUAGGGAAUCAAAUUCAACAACAGAAAGGCUAUGGGCUAAUUUGUCCUACUUUAUAUAAUAAAAAGCCCACUUAAAGUCUUUUACCCAGCACACAGUCUUCAUGUGGCCUACCAUUCCAGUAUAGGGUAUCUAUUAACACACAACAAAGAGAAUAGAUUGCACUAUUAGUGUUUGCUCAGGAUAUUAGCGUAACAAACACUUUAUUUUAGGUUCACAAUAUCCAGAUUCAUGUACGAUAUUGAAUGUUUUUCGGCAAAAUACAAUAUUCUAGAUUGUUUUUAUAUUAUAUAUGUUAAUUGGA